AUGUUGAAUUUCAAACUCGAUGGCCAUCUGAAGCUUGCAUUAUGCACUUGUUUAAUGUCAUGCCAUCAGUUAAUCAUCGGAUGUUCUUUCGUAUUCUCAUCUAUUGUUCUAUCCAAACUUAAAGAACCGACGUCUCCGAUAAAAAUAAAUAUUGAAGACUCCUCAUGGAUAGCGAGUGUACCAAUACUGGUAUGCCCUAUCGGCGUACUCAUAAUUGGAAUACUAACAGAUAAAAUUGGCCGAAGAAAAGCUCUUCAAAUUGGUUAUUUACCACUAAUUAUAAGUUGGUUGAUACUUGCAUAUGCCAAUUCAGUAAAAUUAAUUAUGGUUGGAAGAAUUAUACUGGGAAUUGGAUUUGGUUCAGGAUCAUGCGUGUACUUGUACUUGGCCGAGGUGUCCCCCACUAAGUACCGGCCGCUGUACUUCUCAGUGGUCACCAUAUUCGUGGGCAUUGGCAUGAUGACAGAGUCCGUGCUGUCCAUGUUAUUCGAAUGGCAGACCGUGUCGCUGAUACUGUUCGUAUUCAGCACCGUCAAUUGCGCGUCAAUGUUCCUUGUGCCGGAGACGCCCAUGUGGCUCCGGACCCGCGGCCGGUGCCAGGAAGCGGAAGCGGCCGAAGCGUGGCUGGGCGUUGAACCGGCCGCGGUGACCGUCCCGGCAGCGGCGCCGGUCACCGCGCUGGCGGUCAACGGCGACGAUCACCUGUGCGGUGCUGACGGACAAGCGGCCACGGGCAAACCGACCCCGGUCGCGUACUGGAAGCUGUUCAUCGGCCCGUCCGUCUGGAAGCCGGCAAUGCUCACCACGCUGUUCUUUAUCUGCCAGCAGGGCAGCGGGUUCUACGUGCUGCUGUUCUACUCGGUGGACCUGCUGCGUGACUCCGGCGUCCAAUUUGAUGGCAUCACCGUCACGGCGUUUCUGUCCCUGUCCCGCGUCAUCGGUAGUUUGGUCUAUUCCAUGCUGCACCACGUCCGCCGGAAGACGCUGGUCGUCGUGUCCGGCGGUGGCAUGGCCAUAUCGCUGUCCAUCAUCAUCGUCUACAUGCACAUGUACAAGGACGUGGCCACACCUACGUACGGCGCAGUGCUCAUCGUAGCGUUCAUCUUGUACGUGUUCUUCGCCUUGUUGGCCAUGCUCCCGUUGCCAUGGACCAUUUGCGGAGAGGUGUUCCCGAUGGCCGUCAAAGGUGUUAUGAGUGGAAUCGUACAAGUUGUUGGAUACGAAUUAAUGUUUUUAGUCAUCAAAGUUUACCCUGCAUUUGUGUCAUCAUUCGGAGUGGAAUGUGCUUUGACAGUGUUCGCAAUAUUCAGUUUUGCAAGUGCAUUGUACGGUGCUUUUAUAAUGCCAGAAACAAAAGGAAAAUCUCUCAACGAAAUAUUAUCUUCAUUCGAUACCCGUGAAAAAUCGAUAAAAAAUAACUUGCCUUAA